CACACACAUGGGAAGAGUUUUAAAAAGAUUCGGAAAAGUGUUGGAAAGUUGUCCAAAAACCUCCGCCAGCAGGUCCGAGCACGACUGGGGCGAAUAAUAAUAUUAAUAAUAAAAAGAAAAGAAAAGGGGGGUAAAAGAUACCCGCGGAUUUGUUGGGGACUUUCUCUGCGUGCUUUCCCUGCCUUGUUUGGACAGAGAGCUCUAACCUGCUUCUCCAUUUUUAAAGCUCCCCCUAGCUCCACUGUAAAUAGCCAAAAAAGAAAAGAAAAGAAAAGAAAACCCGACAGAAUGACAACACAUUUCAGGAGCGGCCCAGCCUUCGGACUCUCCGCCGAGGUCAAGAGUAAGCUUGCAGGAAAAUAUGACCCACAUAAGGAAGAGGAGCUGAGACUGUGGAUUGAAGAUGUGACUGGCAAAAGGACUGGGGACAGCUUCAUGGAUAGCCUGAAAGAUGGAGUACUAUUGUGCGAGCUCAUAAAUGCUCUCCAGCCGGGCUCUGUGAAAAAGAUCAACCACUCCAGUCAAAACUGGCACCAGCUGGAAAACAUAGGGAAUUUCGUCCGUGCCAUCACGGAGUACGGCCUGAAGCCACACGACAUCUUUGAGGCCAACGAUCUGUUUGAGAAUGUCAACCACACUCAGGUCCAGUGCACACUCAUCGCUCUGGCUGGAAUGGCCAAGUCCAAAGGUUUCCACUCGAAGUACGAUAUAGGCGUGAAGUACGCAGAGAAACAGCAGCGGCGCUUCGCUCCUGAGAAGCUCAGGGAGGGACGUAACAUCAUAGGCCUGCAGAUGGGCACUAACCAGUUUGCCAGUCAAAAGGGCAUGACCUCUUACGGGACACGACGCCAUUUGUAUGAUGCCAAAAUAGGCAUGGACACCCCUGACCAAUCUACUAUCAGCCUACAGAUGGGCACCAACAAGGGAGCCAGCCAGUCCGGCAUGACGGCUCCAGGAACCAGGAGGCAUAUUUUUGACAAGAACCUGAAGCUGGAGGACUGUGACACCACCACAAUCUCUCUGCAGAUGGGCACCAACAAAGGGGCCUCUCAACAGGGCAUGACCACUUAUGGCCUGCCCCGCCAAGUCUACGACAACAAGUACUGCAUCAACCCCACUGAGGCCAACUGCAACAACGGGAGCGAGGUGGAGUUUGAUGGCUACAACCAGUACUCUGACUAAGGGGAAAAACCAUGGACAGCAGCAUCCUCCAUCCCACCUCCCAACCCCAGCCC